GGGUAAUCUCCUGAUGCCGUCAAUUAGAGUAGUGGUAGAGCUUCUCCUUCAAUUCACAUAAGUAGCAGCCCUUCCUCCCACUGACAUUUCCUUCACUGACCUUCAUCUGCCUUUCCGCUACACUCAAAGCCUUGACAGUCUCAAUAUGGCAACGGUAGCAUUAGCGGGCGCAAGCACAGGCUUCGGCCUAACCAUGCUGCACCAAUUCCUUCACCUCAACUCGCUCUCCCAGCACCCUCACAAAUUCGUCCUCCUCUCCCGCACCUCCAAACCCAACCUUACCGCCCUUGGCAUCGAAGUCCGCGUCGUGGACUACGCUGACCACUCCCAGCUUGUCCACGCGCUGAAAGACGUGCACACUGUACUCUCAACCAUAGGCGGCUCUCCCGAAGCAAUCCGUGACGGGCAAAUGGCCCUCCUGCGCGCGGCAAAAGAAGCAGGCGUUUCGCGCUUCGCGCCGAGCGAGUAUGCCGGCAUAUCGAAUGAUCUAAUCGGUUACUACGCCGGUAAGGAGGAAGUCUGGCAAGCCGCUCAGCGAGUGUCCGAAGAGACGGGGAUGCAAGUCACCAAGUUCAUGACGGGCAUUUUCAUGUCCAUCCUUGCAACCGGUACGCCAAAACCCGUCACGGCUGUUGGAGAGCGUGAGGGUCGUAAGACAGGCGAGGAAGAAGCCCUAGCCGGUCUGAGGCCGUGGAGUUUUGUUAUAAACAUGAAAGCCGGUAAUGCUGAUUACCCUGGAGAUGGUUCGGCGAAACUCGUCCUAACGGAUAUGCGUGAUAUCGCCACUUUUGUCUACCACGCCCUUUCCCUCGAUCACUGGCCGCGUGAGAUGGGGAUGCGAGGGGAUGUCAAGUCCUUCCGCGAGAUCGUUGCUAUCGUGGAGCGAGUCCAGAGGCGGAAGUUUUUGAUUAAAGAGAAUAGUGUUGAGGAAAUGGAGGAGGAGAUGAGGAGGGAUGAGGGAAAGGUGUUUUACAAUCAGUGUCGGGUUGCUAUUGCCGAAGGAUGGUGUGUGGUACCUGAUACGCUUAACGCGCUCUUUCCGGAGGUGGAGACAGUGGGGGUUGAGGAGUUUGUGGGGAGGUGGUGGAGUGGUGUUGGGGUUGGGAAGGCUAGUUGGGGGACGGAUACGAUUCUUGGGAAGUUUGCGGAGGAGGAGUAGUUGAUGCAGAAAUGAUGGUGGAGGAGAGUGAGAGGGGGAGGGGGGAAAG